AUGGCGGAAACGUCAGAAGUUAUGCCGAUCUUUUACAAAUGUGCAUUUCUAAGCUGCAUUGAAGAUAAUAAGCGCAGAAAAAGACAAUCAGAAGAGCGCAGUGGAGAGUCCAUAAGCGCCCCACAUACAAUCAAGACGAUACGCGAUCACGCUCAUCUUCUUGUGGAUUUCAUCGAUGAUAUAAUUUUGUUGAUGUUUGAUAAUACCACCGAAAGAAAUUCAAUGGAUUUAUCAGAAAUUGGUAACUAUCAAAUGUCUCAAAUCAAUGGAGGAGUAACUAGUGCUAGAGGCAUGCUCGUGACGGAGGGCGAGAAAAGGCGUGCAGUACCUCGGAUAUUUAUCAGUAGAUCUAUUUUUUGCAAAAUUUUAAUAAAAGCAAUACCGCAAAGUCGGAUAAUUCCAGCUCGAACACAUUUGCGUCUUGAACCACUUGGUUUUCAUAGGACGUUAUGGAUCGAAUUUGGCGAAGCUCUCGCAGAAGUUAUGUUCAGUCAGGUAAAGUCUUAUAAUAAAACUCCCAGUGUUAGCGAUGCAUGGAAGAGGAUGUCGCCAUCAUACGUUUUUAAGCGAUUAGCUCCUGAAAGAAUCUGA